AUGGACGCCUGGCUGCUGCUCGCUGCGGCUGUUUACCUGGCCUCUAGAGCUGGAGCUCAGUCGACAACAAACGACCCCCCCUCUGUGUUCCCAGCUACUGCCAAUACUAUGAUCCCAGAUACUGCCAAUACUAUGAUCCCAGAUACUGCCAAUACUAUGAUCCCAGAUACAGCCAAUACUAUGAUCCCAGAUACUGCCAAUACUAUGAUCCCAGAUACUGCCAAUACUAUGAUCCCAGAUACUGCCAAUACUAUGAUCCCAGAUACUGCCAAUACUAUGAUCCCAGAUACUGCCAAUACUAUGAUCCCAGAUACUGCCAAUACUAUGAUCCCAGAUACUGCCAAUACUAUGAUCCCAGAUACUGCGAAUACUAUGAUCCCAGAUACUGCCAAUACUAUGAUCCCAGAUACUGCCAAUACUAUGAUCCCAGAUACUGCCAAUACUAUGAUCCCAGAUACUGCGAAUACUAUGAUCCCAGAUACUGCCAAUACUAUGAUCCCAGAUACUGCGAAUACUAUGAUCCCAGAUACUGCGAAUACUAUGAUCCCAGAUACAGCGAAUACUAUGAUCCCAGAUACUGCCAAUACUAUGAUCCCAGAUACUGCCAAUACUAUGAUCCCAGAUACAGCCAAUACUAUGAUCCCAGAUACAGCCAAUACUAUGAUCCCAGAUACUGCCAAUACUAUGAUCCCAGAUACAGCCAAUACUAUGAUCCCAGAUACUGCCAAUACCGAAUCACCGGGAAAAACUACUAAGAGACAACUCCAAAUCCAGAAGAGACAACUCUACCUACAGGAGGUACAACUCCAAAUCCAGAAGAGACAAGUCCAAAUCCAGAAGAGACAACUCUACCUACAGGAGGUACAACUCCAAAUCCAGAAGAGACAAGUCCAAAUCCAGAAGAGACAACUCCAAAUCCAGAAGAGACAACUCUACCUACAGGAGGUACAACCCCAAAUCCAGAAGAGACAACUCCAAAUCCAGAAGAGACAAGUCCAAAUCCAGAAGAGACAAGUCCAAAUCCAGAAGAGACAACUCCAACUCCAAAUCCAGAAGAGACAACUCUACCUACAGGAGGUACAACUCCAAAUCCAGAAGAGACAACUCUACCUACAGGAGGUACAACCCCAAAUCCAGAAGAGACAACUCCAACUCCAGAAGAGACAACUCCAACUCCAACUCCAGAAGAGACAACUCCAACUCCAAAUCCAGAAGAGACAAGUCCAAAUCCAGAAGAGACAACUCCAACUCCAAAUCCAGAAGAGACAACUCUACCUACAGGAGGUACAACCCCAAAUCCAGAAGAGACAACUCCAACUCCAGAAGAGACAACUCCAACUCCAACUCCAGAAGAGACAACUCCAACUCCAAAUCCAGAAGAGACAAGUCCAAAUCCAGAAGAGACAACUCUACCUACAGGAGGUACAACUCCAAAUCCAGAAGAGACAACUCUACAUACAGGAGAGACUACUAACCCUAACCUGACCACUGUCUUUUAUGACAAUUAUACUGAUAAUUUCACCAGCGACUGGACAGAUACUACUCCUCUUCCUACUACUGC